CGGAAAUAGAACAUCAACAAGGCAGACGAAGACGUAGCUAGUCAUACUCAGUGGCGUUUAGCUAGCUGUUUAGAGGAAAGGUUUCGAUUUUUUCCUUUUUAUUCAACAUGUCUGUGUUUGGAAAGUUGUUUGGCGGAGGGAAUAAAGGAGGAAAAGGACCGAGUCCACAAGAUGCCAUCCAACGACUUCGCGAGACAGAGGAGAUGUUGACCAAAAAACAGGAGUUCUUAGAGAAAAAGAUUGAACAGGAACUUGUCACUGCUAAAAAGAACGGCACGAAAAACAAACGAGCUGCUUUACAGGCGCUGAAGAGGAAGAAACGCUAUGAGAAGCAGCUGGCACAGAUCGAUGGAACUCUGUCCACCAUCGAGUUUCAACGGGAGGCACUGGAGAACGCCAACACCAACACCGAGGUGCUCAAGAAUAUGGGAUUCGCAGCAAAGGCUAUGAAGGCCGCACACGAAAACAUGGACAUAGACAAAGUGGAUGAUUUGAUGCAGGAUAUCACGGAACAGCAGGAACUUGCACAAGAGAUCUCAGACGCUAUUUCCAGACCUGUUGGUUUUGGUGAAGACUUCGAUGAGGACGAGCUGCUGGCUGAACUGGAAGAGUUGGAGCAGGAGGAACUAGACAAAAACCUUCUGGAAAUUGGUGGGACGGAAGAUGUCCCAUUACCAAGUGUGCCUUCAACUUCUCUCCCAUCCAAACCAGCCAAGAAAAAAGAAGAGGAGGAUGAUGAUGAUAUGGAAGAUCUCAAGGCUUGGGCAAUGGAGGCAAUGUAACCCCAGUCACUUAAGGGGAAGAGAAAAUGGGACGUUUUGCUUUCUUCAUACAGGGGAUCUAAAGGAAUCGGACACUCUCACAAAGUUCACACUACGCUACAUCAACAGAUCCAAAUCCUAACCUAUGCCCAGUGCUACCUCAGCAGGCCACAACGAGCACAUUUAUGUCGGCCAAAACAUGGGUAGUGCAUCUUUGGGCUAAAAGUGCUCAAAAUGUCCUUUCAAAAUAAUUUAGUUAUCCUAAGUACAAAGUAACCCAAGGGGGACUAGAAGGAUAUCAAUAUUUUGAAAUGAGUUGUGUGUUGAUUCAGUUUGUAUGUGUUGCUUUAGAAUAGGUACAAGGUAAAAUAGGAUGUUUUGAAUAUAUAUAUAUUUACAUCUACCCCCCAGUUGACGGAGCCUUGAUUUGAUACUUGUGGAAGAUCCUUAAUUCUUUGUUCUUCUCUCAGAGGACAUGUUCUUAGACUAUAUACACUGUAUAAACUCAUUGGGCUGUUUAAGAGUGGACAGUGGUGUGUCAAGACAGAUUGAUUUGAUGAGUGUGAGUGAGUGUGUGUGUGUGUGUGUGUGUGUGUGUGUGUGUGUGUCUGUCUGUUAAUGCAGAAGGGUGUGAGAUGAGUUGGCAUGCUUGCUUUGGGAUUUUGUUUACUUCCUCCCCCUUCCUCCACCUUUCAAGCACCUCCAGAAACUGACUUUUUAUUUAUCCCAACUGCUAAUAAUACUAUACAUAUUAUUUACUUAUUGAAGGCAUACUUUCUUGAAAGAGGAAAAGCUAUUGAUAUGAUCAGUUCAGAAAGUUUCCGAGAAAGCUCUCGAUCCUCCAUUCACCAGCUGCAUGCUAACUUGCUUGGGAAAGGUUUCAUAACUCAUCUCCAAACUAUUGUUGAAGGCAAAACAAAAACAAAAACAGAAAGUACAUAAUGGUUUAUAAUUAAGGAUGAUGUGAAAAUGACAAAUAUAAGCAUUGUCAUCUAGAUGGAAGAACAGUUUAGUAUACACAUACAUGCUGUAUAUUUUCGAUAUAAAACAAGGAGGGUGAGUGGCAUGUGUAUAUUUGUAUGUUUUAAUGAUCCAAAGGACACACCUGUUUGGAUAAUCAUUAAACUUUUUUGAUCUUUUGUUGCUGGUCUUGUUUUGGGGAUAAACAUUGGACUUUGAAAAAAGA